CAUAGCACUAACUGGGACACCCCUGAAGAGAGAAAGCUCCCUCUCUCACACCACCCAAACCCCCUGAGAGAGACUGUGCAAGCCAUUAUUCCUCCUCCCUUAAUCUUCAUUUGCGAUAGCCCUGAAGCUGAGAGGGCUGCCCUUCAAUCCCUUCUUCUCCGCCGGAUCAGUAAAAUGGGAGUAGAAAUCACAGACAUCUGUGUGGACAAGGAGCAAGGUCGAGCAGAAGUUUACUCCAAUGGUAGUUCCGACGAUCCAAAACCUCAAGAGAUAUCAGACUCGUAUGAUGACAUUAAGGGUGACUCUGAAUGCCCAGCUUCGGAAGAAUGCAAAGAAGUGAAGGAAUAUGAAGUGAAGGAGUGCACUAACGAGAACCCUGUGAAGGGCGAGGAGGAGAAAACUGUGGAGAGCCUAAAGGGGAAACCAAAGUUGGAUGAUAAGAAGCAAAAAGAUAAUUCUAAGACCAUAUCAUCGGUAAAAAAUGGAUCAAAACAUAGCACGGGGGCAGCUCGAACAAAGCACACGGUUCCUCAGCCAUUUGCUCUGGCGACUGCAAAGCGUGCUUCCUCUGGGGCACGUCCCACUGGGACAGAAAUUGAUUCAGCCACUGUUAAUAACAAGUCAUCAAGUGGAAAGCCUGUGGCCAAGCCAAGCUCUAAGAAUGCGAAUCAGUCAGUAUCACCUCCAUUGGCAAGGAAACCAUUGCAGCCUGAUAACAAGAAGCAUCCUGAUGAGGAAGAUUCAUGCUCAGUCGACUCUUCCAACACCACAUCUGCACAAGUUCCCAAGUCACAGAUGACUGUUGCAUCUGCACCCACGCUAAGGUGCACUCAGCGCGCUGAAAAAAGGCGAGAGUUUUAUUCCAAAUUGGAGCAGAAACAACAGGCAUUGGAGGCAGAGAAAAACCAAUCUGAUGCAAGGACUAAGAGAGAAACAGAAAUCAAGCAACUGAGAAAGAGCAUGAUGUUCAAGGCGACCCCAAUGCCGAGCUUCUACCAUGAGGGACCCCCACCCAAGGCCGAACUCAAAAAGAUGCCGCCUACUCGGGCAAAAUCGCCAAAGUUGGGCAGGAGAAAGAGCUCCGGUGAUGCAGUCGAUCCUUCCCAAGGAGAAAAGGUAAAGGCAAUUUACGGUCGUGGGAGUCGUUUCAGUCUGUGCGACAAUGCAGCCCAAAAUGUCAAGCAUGACGAGCCCAGACAAAUGCUCAACAUGGAAGAGCCAAUCCCGACAGAGUUGAAUGGACACGAGGGCAUACAGGUUAUCACCAUAGAGUCCUGAAACUGCCUCGUGACCUUGAGUUUGGUAAGUUAUGGUGGAGAAAGGUCUUCUUUGUUAUUGCUAACGUCUUCGGACGAUUUAUAUACAUCUCUUUUUCUUUCGUUUUUGCCUGUUUGCUUGCAAUGACUUGUUGCUGGAAGUGGGUUGUGUAAUUUAUAAAAGUGUAAAUCUCCUGUAAUUUAAAUAUUCCAUUUCAUAUAUAUUUUGGAAAGAAAGAGACUCUGCCCAUUUUGCGAUCACUAAA